GCUAAGUGGGCCAGGGACGCCCUAUUCCCCUCCCCGCGGCUGCCUGUCAGAGAGCUUCUGGAGAUAUUACAGGGGACCCAGCCCGCAGCGACAGGCACAAAGUCACGGGGUAAUGAACUUCUGGGACCCCUUGCCGCCGUGUGUGCGGCUGUGCCCGGAAUCCCGGACCUGGCCGCCGGUUCCCUCGGAAGCCUUCCCAGCGAUCUAGUUUCCUAGCCCGCGCCCGGGUCGGCCAGCGCCCAGCCUGCCGGCCGGAGCCUGAGCGCGCGUUCGCCUUCCCUUGCUGCAGGACCGGCGGUCUGCGGAGCGCUGUCCACACUCCGCAUUUCCUGACGCUGAAGGCGGAGACCAGGAAUGGGAAAAGAGAGGGGUUUUGCCCUUUUUGUUCUCUAGGAAGACCUUUUUUUUUUUCUCCGUGCCUCCAUCUCUGUCCUUCCAUACCCCCUUCCUUGCUCUCCCUUCCCUUCGUCCUCCAGCCGCCUGUCUGUCUCUCCAUUUGUCUGUCCACGCGUGUGUCCGGUAUCAAGCGACAUUCCCAGCAGCUGCGGUUUUGCAAGAGCCGGGAAGAAACUUAAGGAUGCCUACACUGCCACAGUGGAACGAAUUCUGAGUGUCCGGGGAGCGGCGUAGCGCGCAACCGGUACCCACCUGUCCUGCCCCAGAACCUCCGCAGGCUGGAGGGCGGCUGGAGAGCCGCGGCGCCCGGCGGGGAGGCAGGCGCUGCCGGCCGGGAGUCCGGCGGUGCCCACCAGCCGCUCCGCCCCGGGACAGCCAGCAUGAGCAAGCCCGCCGGAUCAACAAGCCGAAUUUUAGAUAUCCCCUGUAAAGUGUGUGGCGACCGCAGCUCCGGGAAACACUACGGGGUCUACGCGUGUGACGGCUGCUCGGGGUUUUUCAAACGGAGCAUCCGAAGGAAUAGGACCUAUGUCUGCAAAUCGGGAAACCAGGGAGGCUGCCCCGUGGACAAGACGCACCGAAACCAGUGCAGGGCGUGUCGGCUGAAGAAGUGUUUGGAAGUCAACAUGAACAAAGAUGCCGUGCAGCACGAGCGCGGGCCGCGGACGUCCACCAUCCGCAAGCAGGUGGCCCUCUACUUCCGAGGACACAAGGAGGAGAACGGGGCGGCCGCGCACUUCCCCUCGGCCGCGCUGCCCGCGCCCGCCUUCUUCACAGCCGUCACGCAGCUGGAGCCGCACGGCCUGGAGCUGGCCGCUGUGUCCGCCACGCCCGAGCGCCAGACCCUCGUGAGCCUCGCUCAGCCCACGCCCAAGUACCCCCACGAAGUGAAUGGGACCCCAAUGUAUCUCUAUGAGGUGGCCACAGAGUCUGUGUGUGAGUCUGCUGCCAGGCUCCUGUUUAUGAGCAUCAAGUGGGCUAAGAGUGUGCCUGCUUUCUCCACGCUGUCCUUGCAGGACCAGCUGAUGCUUUUGGAAGAUGCUUGGAGAGAACUGUUUGUUCUAGGAAUAGCACAAUGGGCCAUUCCGGUUGAUGCUAACACUCUACUGGCUGUAUCUGGCAUGAACGGUGACAACACAGAUUCCCAGAAGCUGAACAAGAUCAUUUCUGAAAUACAGGCUUUACAGGAGGUGGUGGCCCGGUUUAGACAGCUCCGGUUAGAUGCCACUGAAUUUGCUUGUCUAAAAUGCAUUGUCACUUUCAAAGCUGUUCCUACACACAGUGGCUCUGAGCUGAGAAGUUUCCGGAAUGCUGCCGCCAUCGCUGCUCUUCAAGACGAGGCGCAGCUAACGCUCAACAGCUACAUCCACACCAGAUAUCCCACUCAACCCUGUCGCUUUGGAAAACUCCUGUUGCUUUUGCCAGCUUUACGAUCUAUUAGCCCAUCAACCAUAGAAGAAGUGUUUUUCAAAAAAACCAUUGGCAAUGUGCCAAUCACAAGACUGCUUUCAGAUAUGUACAAAUCCAGUGACAUCUAAGCUCUCCAAGACCCCACUGUCCAGGACGGAACAGAUCAGAUGAACUUCUACCCAAUGGAGAGCAAACCUCAACUAACCUGGGAAUGUGUAGCCUUCAGGAAAAAAAAAAUGUCAAUUGACACAAAACACUUCCAGUAGUUUUGACCUGCAGCCUCUACAAAGGGAGGGAAGCCCCCAAAGCAAAGGGGCACCCCAGGUUCUCUGCAGAGACAACUCACUGCUACUCAAGGCCUGGGAGGGAACCAGCUUGGGGGAUGCCAACGGCCUUCCCACCACCUACCUAGAAGAUCAGGCUGACUACUGAAGCUGGAACACAAGUAGUAUUUUCUUUUGUUCUUUUCUUUUCUUUUUUUAGCCUAUAAGGUUGGGUAAAUAAAUAUAGCUCUAUGUAUAACAUCAGGCAGCAGCCUUGAAAACUAUCCUAUGUCAGAGUUUCUUUUUAAAAUGAUGUUAGGUUUUUAAUCAAGAGUUUUAUCAAAAGUUUCCCUUUUAUUGUGAUGCAUCAUGAAGUGGCCUUCAGAACCGAUUUUCUAAGUGAAAGGUAGCUGACGCCGUGAGGUUUGCUUUUUCUCUAUCAUUUUCCUUUCCUUUCUCCUUCUUUUUCUCUUUCUUUUUGUUGAAUACCAUAGGCCAGGCAACCUUAUCAAAGGAAUUGGUGGACGAAAAUGAGAUUAUCACCAAGACUUCAGGUUGGAUAACAUCUCAAAAAACAGAAGAGCUUUACUAAAAAGAACAAAAAUGAGGGGGGAUGAAUCAAAACAGCAAAACCAAAUAAAAUGGAGAUGAAUGAGUGAGGCAGAUCGCUGUCCCAUUAGCACAGUGCUGAAACCAAAGGCAAUGGGGGGGUCCAAACGCAUGUUUCAGCGAGUCUCACCAGAGAGUGAACACAUUCACAGCAGAAGGAACUCCAUGGGAAUGGAUGCUAAAAGGUUUCUUGGUCCACUGCUAACAUUGAGACUCUUCAAUGCCUUUCAGAAAACUGGUUUCUAGUAAAGCCUUGAAUGAAUGCGUGUGGACAUUCGCACAU